CCGGCCGCCCCUUCCCGCCGCCGCGCUCGCCAUGCCCAGCAAGACCAAGUACAACCUUGUGGACGACGGGCACGACCUGCGGAUCCCGCUGCACAACGAGGACGCCUUCCAGCACGGCAUCUGCUUCGAGGCCAAGUACGUCGGGAGCCUGGACGUGCCGCGGCCCAACAGCAGAGUGGAGAUCGUGGCUGCCAUGCGCCGGAUCCGGUACGAGUUCAAGGCGAAGAACGUCAAGAAGAAGAAAGUGAGCAUCAUGGUUUCGGUGGACGGAGUGAAGGUGAUUCUGAAGAAGAAGAAGAAGUUUCUUUUGUUGCAGAAGAAGGAGUGGACGUGGGACGAGAGCAAGAUGCUGGUGAUGCAAGACCCCAUCUACAGGAUCUUCUACGUCUCCCAUGACUCCCAGGACUUGAAGAUCUUCAGCUACAUCGCCCGGGACGGUGCCAGCAACGUCUUCAGGUGCAACGUCUUCAAGUCCAAGAAGAAGAGCCAAGCGAUGCGGAUCGUCCGGACGGUGGGGCAGGCCUUCGAGGUGUGCCACAAGCUGAGCCUGCAGCACACGCAGCAGAGCGCGGACGGCCAGGAGGACGGGGACAGCGAGAGGGGCAGCCGCGGCUCCGGGGACGCAGGCCGCCAGCUCCCGGGAGCCGAGAGGGCCAGCGCCGCCGCCGCCGCGGAGGAGACGGACAUCGAUGCCGUGGAGGUGCCGCUGCCCGGGGCGGAUGGCCUGGACUUCAGCCGAGGGGUGACCGACCUGGACGCCGUAGGGAAGGACGGCAGCUCCCACGCAGACUCCAAGGUGGCGCCGCCGGAGCCCGUGCCCACAGCCUCGCCCAGGAUGCUGCUGCCCCCGUCCUCCACACAGGACCCGGCUGCGAGGACGCCCCUGUCCUCGCGUCACCAGCUGCAGCUCCUGCAGCAGCUCCUCCAGCAGCAGCAGCAGCAGACGCAAGUGGCCGUGGCCCAGGUUCACCUGCUGAAGGAUCAGCUGGCGGCGGAGGCCGCGGCGAGGCUGGAGGCGCAGGCCCGCGUACACCAGCUCCUGCUGCAGAACAAGGACGCGCUGCAGCACGUGUCGCUGCUGGUCCGGCAGGUGCAGGAGCUGGAGCUGAAGCUGUCGGGACAGAACGCCAUGGGAUCGCAGGACAGCUUGCUGGAGAUCACCUUCCGCUCCGGAGCCCUGCCGGUGCUCUGCGACCCCACGACCCCCAAGCCCGAGGACCUGCCCUCGUCGCCGCUGGGCGGGGGCCUGGCCGACCUGGCCCCGCCAGCAGGCAGCCCCUUAGUGGACCACAGCAUGUUUGAGAAUUUGAACGCAUCCCUCACGCCAAAGCUGCAGUCCAGCCGCUCCGUGCCCCACUUGUCCCGGCCGGCGGCCCCCUCGGCGGCGGCCCCGGGGUCGGUGGAGCCUGGUGCGCCGGGCCUCUGGGUGGGCAGCGGCCAGCACCUCCGGAACCUGGGCAGAGCCGUGGGGGCCAAGGUGAAUGACCUGUUGCGGAGGAGGGAGCCCUGGGGCCUGGGUGGCAUCGGCGCCACGGAGGUCAACCGGACGGCGGAGGCCCAGCUGGCAGGUGCGGCCGACAGGGAGGAUGACAGGGCGGCCGGGCCGGAAGUGUUCCCGCGGCUGGAGCCUCCGCCUCCCAUCACCCGGAAGCGGACCCCCCGGGCCCUGAAGACCACGCAGGACAUGCUGAUCUCGUCCCAGCCCGUCCUCGGCGGCCCGGAGGACGGGAUGGAGCUGUCCCCCGGGCAGCCCCAGGGCCCCCCGCCCAGCGCCCAGCCGGACCCAGCUGGCGCCUCCCGGCCAGAGGCCACCGCGGAACCAGCCCUGCCCAACGGCGAGGUGUCCCUGUCGGUGCCCGACCUGAUCCACCAGGACAGCCCGGACGGGGCCGAGCCGAAGGCCACCGAGGGCAGGAGGGCCUCGCUCCCCGGCCCCAGCGAGGGCGCCAGCCCCCCGCGCCGCCUGAGCCCCGCGGGCCCGGCCGAGCCGCCGCAGGACAGCAGCCCCCGUGCCGGCGCGCGGACCUGCAGCCCGGACUGCGAGGGGCCUCACCCCGACCUGCUGUCCUUUGAGUAG